AAUGAAAGCUAAAAGCCUAAUGGGCUGUAGACACAUGUACUGGUAUCAACGAUAAAAUUCGUUGCAACAUAAAAUUGAUACAAAUAAUACUGUAGUAGGCUAGUAUCAGUGGACGAUUGUAAGAAAUCAAGGAGAAGAGCUUGAAAUCGAAAUCUAUGGCGAAACAACAGGAAGAAAGCAACUCCAAUCCUGCUGCUGCUGCUGCUGCUUCUGCUUCUGCUUCUGAUUGGGAGAAUUUCAGGGAUGACGAUAUCAUGCUUCAACAUUCUGCUAUUCGCGCUGAACAAGCCGACAAAAUCCAUUUUCUGGGAGAUAAGGAACCUCUUUCUGCUUUAGCUGCUGAAUAUCAAUCAGGAAGUUCUAUUCUGCUUGAAAAGAUCAAGAUUCUUGAUGAAAAAUACUCUGCAAUUAGGCGAACUCGAGGAGAUGGGAAUUGCUUUUUCAGAAGUUUCAUGUUCUCAUACUUGGAGCAUAUUUUAGAAACUCAAGACAAGGCUGAGGUAGAUCGCGUCAAGGCUAAUGUUGAAGAGUGCCGGAAGACACUCCAGAGUCUUGGCUAUGCAGACUUUACGUUUGAAGAUUUUUUUGGGCUAUUUCUUGAGCAGCUGGAAAACGUUAUUCAAGGGACUGAAGCUUCAAUAAGUCAUGACGAGCUUGUUGAGAGGAGUCGGGAUCAAUCAAUAUCUGAUUAUGUUGUAAUGUUCUUUAGAUUCAUAACAUCUGGGGAGAUACGAAAGCGUGCGGAGUUCUUUGAACCCUUCAUACUGGGAUUGACUAAUGCAACUGUGGAUCAGUUUUGCAAAUCAUCGGUGGAGCCUAUGGGUGAAGAAAGUGAUCAUGUUCACAUCAUUGCUCUAUCAGAUGCAUUAGGUGUGCCAAUUCGCGUUGUAUACCUGGACCGUAGCUCAUGUGAUACUGGUGGUGUUAGUGUAAAUCACCAUGAUUUCGUGCCUUCUGCCUUGUCAAGUGGUGGCAGCGGCUUGGAGAUCAAUCCUUACAUAACCUUGCUUUAUCGUCCAGGUCAUUAUGACAUUCUUUACCCAAAGUAAUGUAGUAAUGCAUUUCUGUAAAUGCUGGUGGUGAAAAGGGUGUAUUUUCUGAGACAAGGGGUUAGGUUCAGUACAGUAGGUGGAGCUUUGGAUAACCAUUUUUCUCACCAAAAGUGUAUUUGUCUAAAAAGAGCCUCAAUGUUGCAUGUGGGAAGUAUUGGGAUCGUCCAAACAACUUAUUUUGGUCAUUUGCUCACUUAAAAAACUGUACCAUCAUGGGAUAGCUUGUCCUUGUUAUAUGGGAUGGUGUUGCAUUGCCCAGGGAAGGUGUAUUUUGUAUAUUUUCAUUUUCGAAUCCAAAUGGCAAUAGCUUUGAAUAUAAAGUUUAUUGCUUUCUUUAGUUACAUUGUAGAAGUAAUGGCUGGAGAUUGCUUCCUGUGAGCCCCCUUAUCUUCUUGUAUACAUGCUGUCACUAUAUACCAGGUGACGAUUAGACACUUUGUUAAGGAAAGGGAUUUGUGGGUCUGGUAA